AUGAUCCGGCCGCGGGGUGCGGAGCGUGCCUUCUACAACCGUCUGUGCCGCGCGGAGGUCUCCUCUUGCACGCCCAGCUCCCGCCUCCUCGCGCACCCCGACGCCAGGAUCAUGAAGCUGUACGACAUGAACGGCUGCUACUCGCGCCUCAAGGAGCUGGUGCCCACCCUGCCCCAGAACCGCAAGGUGAGCAGGGUGGAGAUCCUCCAGCACGUCAUCGACUACAUCUGGGACCUGGAGUUAGAACUGAACUCGGAAUCUCAAGUCGGGACCGCCGGGGCCCGGGGGCUGCCCGCUCGGGCUCCGCUCAGCACCCUCAACGGCGAGAUCAGCGCCCUGGCUGCCGAGGCGGCGUGUGUCCCGGCGGACGACCGCAUCUUGUGUCGCUGAAGCGCGUGCUCCAGACCCCGCCGACCCCAGCCCUCCAGGGGCGAGAGGAACGAGCGCUCUCUGGGCCUCCCGAGCGCCUGCCGCGGCUGGGGAGGAACAAGACAGAUCAGCGGCCUUUGGGCGCCUGUGGAUCCAGCCCAGGGCUGGGGGACUGACGGGACAGGCCGACCUUCCCUCCACACCUAUCAGCCACCAGAGACUUGGGGGAGUUUCCCCCCCGUGUGUUUCUAUUUUUUGAAAAGCAGACAUUUUAAAAAAUGGUCACGUUUGGUGCUUCUCAGAUUUCUGAGGAAAUUAUUGCUUUGUAUUGUAUAUUACAAUGAUCACCGACUGAGAGUAUUGUUCUACAAUAGUUCUGUGGGUUUUUUUUUCUUCUGUUGUUAUUAAACAAAUACUUUAGAUGAUGGUAAA